AGUUCUGAACCUUUCCUCCAAUGCGUGACAGGAAAAAAAGAUGUUGAUCAGUUCAAUCGAGUAAAAAUCAGCUACAACAUGUCUGUCUCGGCAGAUGUUUCCACUCCUUCUGUUAAUUUGUACUGCAAUGAAACAGCUGGUGAUGCACUUUGUUCCAAUAAUGCUGAUGGCAUUAGUGAAAUCAACUCUGCAUAUUUUCCAGUUGAUAACGACGAGAGCUAUAUCGAUAACAUCCUCGUUUCCGAGCUUCAUCAAAUGCCAGAAACUGAGCUAGUUACUCGAUUUCCUGACAUUCCAGAAUCUGGUUCUGCUCAUCAAGACACGCUGAAUUGGAUGUUGAAGGUGCAUGCUUACUGCCGGUUUAGGCCCGAGACAGCAUAUCUCUCUGCUAACUAUUUUCAUUGUUUCAUAUUAUCUCAUACUUUGCAGAAAGGUAAAGGAUGGCCCCUGCAGCUAUUAGCAGUAGCCUGCCUAUCUGUAGCAGCAAAACUGGAGGAAACAAGAGUCCCAUCUCUUUUAGACAUACAAACAUUGGAACCCAGAUUCUUAUUUAAACCAAGUACAGUUCGAAGGAUGGAGCUUUUGGUCAUGGGCAGUCUCAGGUGGCGAUUACACAUCAUUACACCUUUCUCUUUUCUGCAUUAUUUCAUUGCUAAGCUUUCACAUCUCAGCCCCAGAAGUAAAAAUCUCAUCUUAGCUCAUUCAUCCGAUCUUAUCAUCAGCACAUGUAGAGUGAUGAAUAUCGUGGCUUAUACACCAUCCACAAUAGCAGCAGCUGCAGUGCUAUGGGUGACUGAUCAGACUAUUGGUUGCCCCAAAUUGGAGUGCUUUCACAACAGAAUGAACAAGGAAAUGGUGCGAGGAUGCUACAACCUUAUUAAGCAAAACACGCCUCAAUUGUCUCGUGGUAAAGCACUUGAUGCAACCAUCCCUGGGAAAUGUCUUGCGAAGAAAUGCUGUAGCAAGGAUUUCAAGUCAAGCCAAGACAUGUCUCCAAGCAAGUGCUGAAAAUGGAAGUUGCUUACAGUAUUUAUAUAUCAAAUUAUAACAAAUAUAUUUUAAAAUUAUCAACGCACUGGAUCGACAUGAGGGCUGUGCCCUAAAAAUAGUCUUAAGGGAAUCAUCAAGCCAGUUUUUAAUUAUUAAAUUAAAAUAUUAUCUAGUCACGUAUCAA